AUGUUCCGAGCCGCAGAGGGUUUUCCAAGAAGCAGUGAGGAAAGGCAACACCAGAAGGUGCAGUUGUUGCUGCAGAACAUGACAAACUGCAAAUUCUCCAUCAACUCCUUCAGCCCAGAAGGACAGACGAUGCUCCACCAGUCCAUCAUUAACAGGAACCUGGAGCUGCUUUUUGUGUGUUGCAGGAAGCUCCACUGCACAAGGAAUUACAUCCAUAUGCAUCUGUUUGUCUCGUUUAUUCUGAAGGCCAUUGCCGUGUUCAUCAAAGAUGUGGUCCUUUAUGAGGUCGGAGAGGUAGACAACUGCUCAUCGGGCUCUGUUGGUUGCAAAGCAGUGAUGGCGUUCUUCCAGUACUGCAUCAUGGCCAGCUUCUUUUGGCUGCUGGUUGAAGGUCUCUAUCUUCACGCAUUACUGGCUGUCUCUUUUUUCUCCGAGAAGAAGUACUUCUGGGCUUACCUUCUGAUUGGCUGGGGAGGCCCGGCAGUUUUCAUCACAGCAUGGAGUUUUGCUAAAGCCUUUUAUAAUGAUGUGGGGUGCUGGGAUAUAAUUGAGACAACAGAUGUGUUCUGGUGGAUCAUCAAAACUCCUAUUUUGGCAUCAAUCCUGAUGAACUUUAUCCUGUUCAUCUGCAUCAUUCGAAUCCUCAGACAGAAGAUCAACUGCCCCGAUAUCGGAAGAAAUGAGUCCAACCAGUACUCGAGAUUGGCAAAAUCAACACUGCUUUUGAUCCCUUUAUUUGGGAUUAAUUUCAUCGUGUUUGCAUUCAUCCCAGAGCAAGUCAAGACUGAGCUGCGGCUAGUAUUUGAUUUAAUUCUGGGAUCUUUUCAGGGCUUUGUAGUGGCUGUUCUUUACUGCUUCCUCAAUGGAGAGGUCCAGGGGGAGAUCAAGAGGAAGUGGCGGCGGUGGCAUCUGCAAAGAUACAUGAACUCAGACACCAAGUACCAUCACCCGUCGAUGGGCAGCAACAAUUUCAGCACCCAGAUCACCAUGCUGACCCGAUGCAGCCCAAAAACACGCCGAGGUUCAUCCUCUUGUCACGACGAUUUGUCCAGCGUAUGACCUGACACACACAUGUACAUGCAAACAUAAGUUGACUCAUCCAUUAGGAUAAAAAAGAAAGCAUGUGAUGCAAUAAAAAAUAUUUUUUGUCAGUGCAUACACUCCAAAAGGGCAUAUCCUUUGUGACAGGGGCAACCUGUGGGUUGACAAGAGGAAGGAAAAUAAAAUAUCACAUGUUGAGAAGGACUCAUAAAAUGUGACCACACCAUAAAUGUCUCUGUGUUUAGUGUCACAGACAUCUGUGAGCUUAUAGUGAAAUGGCAGAUUGUUCACUUAUUUUUCCAGAAUCUUUCAUGACACAGUGCACGUGUACAUGUUAAUUUGUGUGUCGUGACAUCAUAAAUUAUUUGGUCUUUGUGCUCAUACAAAAUGUAACAUAUUAAUGAGCUGAGGUGUGAGGUCCAAACGUGCCGGCAGACACUCAGUCUGAUAUAAUUAUGAACAGAUUAAAAAUCACUUAGUGGAUCUCAGCAGGUCCAACACUCAGAUGAAUGUAAGGCUUCUGCAAAGAUCAUUUCUAUUGUGCAACAAGAAACAUGCACUGUUUUUUGUUUUGUUUGUUUGGUUGUUUUUUUUGUAAGCUUCCACAAAGAACAAAAUGUUGUGUCGCAUUACGUUCUCCUCACAGACGGCUGAUAACAAGCCGGAAGCUUCAUAAAUGCCAAAUGGACGAGGCUUCAAGCCAGUUGAUGCUGAUUCACAAUGACACAUUUGGAACCCAGAUGCCCUUCUCUGCACUAUCACGCUCGCUGUUUGCCUUUCCUUUGGUCAGUACAGCCCUCCCUCUUGUAUUGUGUGACUUUAAGUUCAGGUUUUCUGUGGUUAUAUACGUGCUUUUGUGACUAUUACGGACAGGUCCAGUGUUCUUGGCAGUACCACUUUCUAAUCUGCACAGUGACUCUGCGGAGGAAAGUUCAGUCCUUGAAUGUUUAUAUUUACUCUGGAGGAGACCUUUAACGUUGACCAGAGUAGUGUACAAUGUAAAUUGUAAUGUAACACAAAGGAUUGUGGUGCCAUACUGAUUGCAUCGACCUUACAAUAGCAGCAAUGUAUCACUGCAGUGACAUUUGUUCAUAUUAUUGCAACACUUGAGAUUUACUGCCUUGCCAAGAACAUUUCUGUUUUUGUUGUUUUGUUCUUGUUUUUCAUUUGUGGCAGGAAUUUUGUUAUUGCAAAAUAUAAAAUCAGAGUUCUAGCUCACCUCCUGUGAAAAAUGAUUCCUGUCAGGUUGGAGCUUCUCUGCUGGAGAUGUUUGAACCUGACUGCUCCGGAGAGACCACAGGAGCCCGUGUGGAAGGCAAAGCAAGGCGACACGGAUGACUGUCCCUCUCACAACCGUGCUCUUGUGCUUUUUCCAUUUACACAGUUAGACUUGAACAUCACUUGUAAAAGAGAACAUCCACAAGUUCCAGCUUUGCUCUGGGAAAAUGCUCAUCAUCUCAGUGCAGUGCUGAUUUGAACAGUUGGUCCUCUAAAAGCACUGCAUCAUAUUUAAACAAAGCGUGCUGUCCAAAACGAACGUCGUUUCCAGUAUCCUUCGUUAGUUGGUGUCAUUGUUUGUUAUAGUGUUAUUGUGACUCUGCUGAAGUGUAGUACUGUGCAAAAA